AUGAGCCCCGGUAAGAGCCCGGACAGGGUGCCGUCCCUUGAUGGGGACCCGUGGACGGUGGAUGAGUGGCGGAGGGUGCCGCCUCCCCUGGACCGGCCCCUACAUCCCCUAAACGGGCCCAGUCUGGAGUGUGAUUUUCUUGACAAGCCGCAUACCCGCCUCACCCCGAGAAAAGUGCCGCCUCCAUCCUUGCGCCCUGCGGUAGCUCCCAGCCUCCCGUCACCGGGUCCAGCCGCGCUGCGUGGCCCCAGCGCGCCCUCCCGUGGCCGCUUAGGGCGUCGGCGUCCCGAAUCCCCACGCCUCGCCUCCCUUCUCCCAACAAAACCAAAAGCCGUGUCUGGUUCUGUUACAGAAAAGCAUCAUCAGGACAAGGAUGAAGUUGACUGCGUCCUCCUUUCAGCAUCCAAGAUCCUCAAUUCCUCUGAGUGCAUAAAGGAAAGCGGUGGCAGUGAAACAGAAUUUGGCUGCGUAUCAGAAUCAGAAAAUCAACUUCAACCACAAUCAGCAUUAAAAGCCCUUCAGCAUCAACUGGAAUCGUUUCAGGCUCUCCGGAUACAGACCCUGCAGAAUGUCAGCAUGGUACAGUCUGAAAUCAGUGAAAUAUUGAACAAAAGUAUUAUUGAAGUAGAAAACCCACAGUUUAGCUCUGAAAGAAAUCUAGUAUUCAACACACACAUUGAAAAGCCUAUAGAGAAUCAAGAAGAAAUCCUUUCCAUGGGGAAAAUUCAUCAUUUUGAGGAUUCGAGGACUCUUCAUUCAGUGGAAGAAAAAUUCAGCAGCAAUAGCAUGAACGGUCUCUCUCAGGGUCUGCAUCUCCCACCCCACAUACAUUCCAAGGACAUACCAACUCUGAGAACUCCAACAGAUAAUUCAGCUUCAAACGUAACGAUGAGCUCUUCAGAAAAUUCUGACGUAUUCAAGAAUUAUAAUAACCUUUAUAGUUUUCUACCUAAUGUGCCUCAACACGUCAUGUCUCCAGCUGAGACAGUAAUUCUGGAUAAGUCCAAAACUACUGUGCCUUCCCUCAAGCAUGGAUUUUGUGCAAAUUUAGACGAUAUUUGCCAUUCUAUCAGGCAGAUGAAGGAAGAGCUUCAGCAGUCACAGGACAAGGAACUGGAACUUACAAAUGAAAUUCAAACUUUAAAAAUGGAUACAAAUUUUCAAGGUAAUAUGGCAUGUGACCUGUCCCCCAUUCGCAAGGAAAAUGCUAACUUUAUUAAGGAAGAAAAUACUGAAAGUAACUUAAAUGAAGAUAUGAAAUCAAAGAGAAUUUUAGAAUUAGAAGCAUUAGUAAACAAAUUACUCCCGCUCAGGGGAACAGUGUCAAAACUGCAUUUGACUUUUUGUAGGAAAUGUAAAAAAUUAUCUAAGAGUGAAAUACACAGGGGAAAAAGGAAUGAGAAAAACAAUAAAGAAAUUCCUAUCGCUAACAAGAAUACUAUAGAUUUAAAAUUCCACUCCAGACUUCCAAAACACACACUGUCGUUCUUUGACCCAACAAAGUAUGAAAUGAAAGACAAAGAGAGCCAACCAUUUGCAGCAAAACGAGGCUCAUUAUUUGAAAAUGAGAAAACAUCCAAAGUCCACUCUGUGACGGAGCAGUGUGUUGCAAAAAUUCAGUACUUACAGAAUUACCUAAAAGAAUCUAUGCAGAUACAGAAAAAAGUAACCGAACUAGAGAAUGAAAAUCUAACCCUGAAGACCAAAAUAAAAUCUCUUGUCUUCACCACACAGUCUCUGAUACAGAAAAUUGAAAUGUACGAAAAGCAACUGAAGAAUUUGUUUCACGAAAAGAACACCCUUCAAUCCAAAUUAAUUAAAACAGAAGAAGAUGGCAAAGAAUGUCUUAAAGAACUGAAAAAAAUAAUCAGUAAAUAUAAUGUUCUCGAAGAACAAAAUAAAACUCUAGAGGAAAAAAAUGGCCAACUUUCUCUGGAGAAGCAACAAAUGAUUGACACAUUAGAUCAGCUGAAAAGUAAAGAACAGAAAACUCAAAAUGAUAUGGCCGUUGUCCGUAAUGAAAAUAAUCGGAUGAGCAUAGAAAUGGAAGCAAUGAAAACAAAUAUUCUCGUGAUACAAGAUGAAAAGGACGUGCUAGAGAAGAAAACAUAUGAGCUCAUCAAGGAAAAAAGCUCCCUUGAAAAUGAACUCAAAGAAAACCAGCUCGAGAUAAUGCAGCUAAAGGAGAAAGAAAGAUUGGCGAAAACCGAACAAGAGACGCUUCUCCAAAUAAUAGAAACAGUUAAAAAUGAUAAACUUGAUCUUGAAACAACAUUACAAGAAUCUACCGCUGCGAGACAAAUGAUGGAAAGAGAAAUCGAGAACAUUCAAACGUACCGAUCCACGGCAGAAGAGAAUUUUCUGAACGAAAUAAAAAACGCAAAGUCCGAAGCAAGUAUCUAUAAGAACAGUCUAUCAGACAUGAGCAAUGAAUGUGAAAUGUUGUCAAAAAUGGUCAUGGAAAUGAAAGCAGAUAAUCAGAUUCUAAAGGAAGAACUGAAAAAACACAGCCAGGAAAACGCGAACUUUGAAAACAGCAUCAGUAGGCUCACGGAAGACAAAAUCCUCUUGGAGAACUACGUGAGGAGCAUAGAGAACGAACGAGAUACCUUGGAAUUUGAGAUGCGCAACCUUCGAAGAGAAUACUUGAAUCUCAGUGAGAAAAUCUGUGGCCAGCGUGGGAACCUGUCGGAAAUGGGUCGCAUUUCAAGAAGAGAGAAAUUCCAUUUCGACAGCUACGACACUUACGAAGACACCUCCAGGCCCAGGUACAGGCCUUCAGCUCCUGAUGGGAAAGGUAUGUACACUCUGGUGGGUCGAUAGCAAGUUUCUGAGCUCUCUGUAGCCUGUGGGGCACUAGUCAGAGAACAGUAAUAAGAUGGGAACUUUUAAGAUGGAUACAAUACAUUUUGUAAGAUUUGUAUCCAGUUUGUUUUGUAGUAGAUUUACAGGUUUUGCUCUUUCAAUAGAAUUCAUGUUAUUUUAUUGAUAAUUACUUCUGUACAUUGAAUAUGCACAAAGCAACUUGGGGAGCAAGCAGAGAGGUUUUAAUUACUAUUUUUCUGAAGUAUACUUGACACUCCCACCUUACAACAAAUUCUUUCUCUUUCCCCAGGCAUCCCAAGUAAACUAUAUCAAUUGCUUCCAUUCAAGAUGUGUAAAUAAAUUUCUAAAAUCAAUGUUUCAAACUCCUUUGUCCAAGGACUUUUUUUCCUACAAAAUAAUUUUAAGUUUGCCUUUACAUAUGAUUACAAUUACUCUGUAAGAGUAGAUUAGUUUUUUUUAAUUUAGAGAUUAGGUAUGUAUACUUAAUUACAA